CGGAAGUCCGUCUGUCACAAAUGCUGCGCACAGCCCACAGCGUAGGGUCCCCAGUGCAGUCUCCAUGCAGGCGCUGUGCAUUUAUGUUGGCUGUAUCAAAUACAAAUGCAGGGGUUCAUCGACUGUCACUGUCAUAUCUCAGCAGAAGAUUUUGACCAGGACAUUGAGGAAGUGAUUGAUAAUUCAAAAAAGGCUGGGGUUUCUGCGCUGCUAGCCGUUGCAGAACAUGCUGGCGAGUUUGAGAAAAUCAUUCAAUUGUCAAAAAGGUUUCCUGGCUUUAUUUUCCCGUGUUUGGGAGUCCACCCUGUACAAGGUUCCCCCCCAGCGCAACAGCGGGGGGCCACUCUGGAGGACUUGGAUGCUGCUCUGCCCCUAAUAGAGAAAUAUAAACACCAUCUCGUGGCUAUUGGAGAGGUAGGCCUGGAUUUUACCCCCAGGUAUGCCAGUAGUGACACUGAUAAAGAUGCACAGAGACAGGUGCUUGUUCGUCAGGCAGAGAUUGCCAAACAGCUUGACCUGCCCUUAAAUGUUCAUUCUAGAUCUGCUGGCAGGCCCACCAUACACCUCUUAAAGGAGCAAGGUGUUGAGAAAGCUUUGCUCCAUGCUUUUGAUGGAAAGCCCUCUGUGGCGAUGGAGGGUGUGAGAGCAGGUUACUACUUCUCCAUCCCGCCAUCCAUCAUAAGAAGUGAACAGAAGCAGAAGCUUGUAAAACAGCUACCUCUGGAGAGCAUAUGUCUAGAAACAGAUUCACCUGCCCUGGGUCCAGAGAAGCAGGUCCGAAAUGAGCCCAAAAAUAUUUCUGUUUGUGCCGAAUACAUCAGCAAGAUCAAGGGAGUCCCCUUGGAGACGGUGUUGGAAGUGACGACCCAGAACGCCCUCCGCCUGUUCCCUAAUCUGAAAACUGUCGUCAGGGUCUGACCUGCCCAUUCUGGGAGGAUCUUUACCCUUUCAUCGGACUGUGUCUGUUCUGAAGGACUUUGUUCAGUUGCCACAGUCUGCUGCUGUGAUUUAUGUUACAUUUUUUGUUUAUUCUUUUAUAGCAGACAACUGCAGUGGGAUUAUGGCCUUAUAGGACCCUGACUGCUGUGCAAAGUUGAAUUUGAAAAAUAAAAUGAAUAACAAGA